AUGAGUAAUCUUGUAGGUAUGCCCGUAACGACCCAAAAAGGUCUUCGCUGGAAGAAAGACCGGUCUUCAGGAGUGAUGCCCGAGUGGACAACCGACCCCAGUAUUAAGGACAUCACAACCCUUGUGCGCCGAGAGCUGGAUAUCCCGACUUCAGACCCAUGCGUAGUUCAAUUCCUGACCCAGAACAACUUCAACAAGGAUUACAUCGUCACAUGUGGUAGCGGCCGAGAAUACAUCCUGCGUCUAACUGUCCCCGUCGACCCAGGAUCAAAGACUAUGAGCGAGGUGGCUACUAUCAAGUAUCUUCGUCACGAUACUGAGGUUCCAGUACCGCAAGUAAUCUGUCAUCAGGCUAGCACCGACAACGAACUUGGACUGGAGUGGAUACUUAGGGAGCGUAUGCCCGGUCGCAAAUUGGGUGACGAAUGGAAUGGUAUGAACUAUCUCAAGAAAGAGCAUUUAGUGCGUAAGAUAGCCUCAGUCCACGCACAGCUCUUCCAACAGCGGUUCGAUCAACUGGGUAACCUGUAUCCUGCGAAUGAACUUCCUCACUUAUGCACGCCAGGCCUGGAUGAUAUCGCCUUGCUUACCCUGGAGGCCUCAAUCCUCUCUCAGCAUGUCGGCUUAGGCAAGAUCGUCUCCGCGCCAUUCUUCUGGGGCGCACACAUCGACCACAACGUCCCGCGCGGUCCUUACAAGCGUAGUCAAGACUGGCUCGCCGCACAGCUCCAACUCAGCCUCCUUGAUCUUGACGACGAGUGCAAGCUUGAAACCUCUGAUGAAAUCAAGCGCUCGAUAUACCAAAAUAUCAUCGAUUCCUAUCCCGGUGAGCCUGACGAAGCGGCAACCACUAUAUGGAAGAAACAAAUCGAUAGAAUGGAUACAGCGCCGCACCUUCAAUAUGCCCGUGAAAAGGUCGAAGAAGGUAAGCAGCGAGCGCAACGCCUGCUUGAUCUCAUGCCAAAGAUUUUCCCCGAGAAGGAAGAUGACGAAGAGGAGUUUGUGCUCCACCACCACUCCCUCCACGCAUCCAACAUCCUCGUCGACUCCAACAGCUCUUUAACCGGUAUCUCCGAUUGGGAAUGCGUACACACCGCCCCCCUAUGGCUCGCAUGCCAAUUACCCUCAUUCCUGGAGUUGACCGACUCCACCGCAGCAGUGUUCGCCUACCUCAACAUCGAAUAUGUUAAUGAGGAAUACAAAACGCAAAUAAAGCUUCGGCAGUUUUUCCUGGAAGAAAUGCAGCGUAUCUGUCCGGAAUGGGUCGAGGUGCACAAAGCUAGUCAGCUGAAAGUGGGGUUUGAACAGUGUGUGCAGCAUUUUGGUAAGGCGGGUGAUGGGAAGUGGAUUGAUCGGUGGAUUGGGGAGGUGGAGGAGAAGGGGAGUGCGCCGUUGUUGAAGGAGAUUAUAAGGGCUGAGUGGGUUAGGGAUUAUGUUCAUGGUGGGUAUCCUUUUGGGUCAGGGCUUUUCUAG